AUGUUAUCAACCGUUGUUACCGAGGCGCCCGCUGCCAAUAUGACGCCCGACUUUGAAGUCAGGCUUCAACUCGACCCAGACAGGGUCCUCCACUCUAACCACCAGUUGAUGGAUCUGGUUCGGGACAAUUUCUCAGUCAAAGACACAGUCAAAAUGAAUGUCCAGUUUCUCGACAAGUGCUCCAACGAAAUAUUCAAAGCUGGCUGGAACGUUCGACUGCGGGUGGUCCAACCAAAGCCCGAGAUUGAGCUGACGUACAAGAAGCGAUACGACAUCGCGGGCGGCAACAUUGAAGCUGCGCUCGCAAAAGCGAAUCAAGACGGCUUCAACUCCAAAUCUGACAAGUACGAGGCCCAAGUCGAAUGGGGCUACAAGAAGCAGACACUCUCCGUCAGCCGUGGGAAAAAGGUCAGAUACUCUGGAGACGGCGGGACAGACCUCCCUGGAACCGCGGCCUCGCGUGACAUGCUUGUAGACGAGGCUCCGGGUAAAUUUGACAACUACAAGGGGAAGAAAUGGGGUACCAAGGCGUUGAAGGAGGCAGUGGUUUUUGGACCGGUCCACGCUACGCGGGCAAUUGGCUCGUGGCGGGAUCAUAAAUUGUAUAUUGAGGUUUGGCCCAUUCGAAGUGCGGACGGAUCGGGGUGGCAGUACUUUGUGGAGGCAUCUUUUAAAGCGGGACGUCGUGAUGAAGCAGAAGCAGCAAGGGGAACUCUUUUAAAGGAAUUGCAGGACAAAGGUUGGUUUCUACCAGAAGAUGCGUUGAAAACGAGCAUUAUCAUGGAACGGUAUGCGUGUCCAUGA